GGCAUCCCUCGACCUUACUUCACGCGAAACACCACCUGCACCACUCUCUAACACUUCCACGCUUGAUAGAUCUCUGUCGCCUUUGACGGUGUAGUUGCAUCGAUCCCACUUCGCCGCGCUCUCUUGGGUAGACAGUUGGAACAGAAUCCACCAAGCGCAAGCAGCCGCAACCAUGAACCCCGAAUACGACUACCUCUUCAAGCUACUGCUCAUCGGAGAUUCGGGUGUUGGCAAGUCCUGCCUGCUCCUGCGGUUUGCAGACGACACCUACACUGAGAGCUACAUCUCGACCAUCGGCGUCGACUUCAAGAUCAGGACGAUUGAGCUUGACGGCAAGACGGUGAAGCUGCAGAUUUGGGACACAGCGGGCCAAGAGCGCUUCCGCACCAUCACUUCAUCCUAUUAUCGCGGCGCACACGGAAUUUGCGUCGUCUACGAUGUCACGGAUAUGGACAGCUUCAACAAUGUUAAGCAGUGGCUGCAAGAGAUUGAUCGCUAUGCGACAGAGGGCGUGAACAAGCUUCUUGUGGGCAACAAGAGCGACAUGGCGGAUAAGAAGGUCGUCGAGUACACUGUGGCAAAAGAGUUCGCAGAUAGCCUCGGCAUCCAGUUUCUGGAGACAUCAGCAAAGAACGCCAGCAACGUUGAGCAAGCCUUCCUUACAAUGGCACGCCAGAUCAAGGAGCGCAUGGGCAACACAACCGUCAACAACAAGCCGACUGUGCAAGUCGGGCAAGGCCAGGGUGUGCAAUCGGGAAGUGCAGGUGGAUGCUGCUAGACCAACGGCGGCAAGGCAUGUGCAGCAUUGCAGCUACGAAAUUGCACGAUAGCUGCCUAAUGAAGCCGUGAGGUUUAGCUGUACAUGUUGGAUGAGGGUUCAGUCGGUGCACUUUCGGCGGGCGUAUAGCGGAGCACUGCGAGGGUAUGCAACUUAGAGAAGUGCGUGCUCGUUUGUAUUCGAGCUCAAUACUGGUUUAGCCGCUUGAGAAGGCAGCAUGAAUAUCUUAUCACGAUCAUCGUCGAGCGGGUUUCCCAGAGGAUGCGGUCAGGCAGGCGUGUUGAAGACUGCCGCAUACCUAAGUCUCAAACGUAGCGUUUGCGGGUAAGCGCACGGCACAGGCAAUCAUUGCGCGUCUGAUAUCUCUUUGUGCAUAUCCCACCUGGUC